AUGCGUCCGCGCUGCUCCUCGCGCCGCCUUCACUAUCUCCCAGGCAAGUCGCCAACCACCACAUGCGCCUCCUGGCUGCGCUGCACACAGCUAACCGCCCUCCAGAGAUUCUACUCCCAGAGGGUCGCCAAGUUCAACGGUGUCAAAGACUCCAACGGAAACUACCCAGUGUCCAUCAUCGAGGGUGAUGGUAUCGGCCCGGAGAUCUCACAAUCCGUCAAGGAUAUCUUCGCAGCUGCCAAGGCACCUGUCACUUGGGAGCCCGUCGAUGUCACCCCCGUCUUCAGAGACGGCAAGCAGACCAUCCCCGAGGAGACCAUUGAGAGCAUUCAAAGAAACAAGGUCGCCCUGAAGGGUCCCCUUGCUACCCCCGUCGGUAAGGGACACGUCUCCCUCAACCUCACCCUGCGCCGCACUUUCAACCUCUUCGCCAACCUGCGACCCUGCCGGUCCAUCGCCGGUUACAAGACCCCUUACGACGAUGUCGACACCGUCCUGAUCCGAGAGAACACCGAGGGUGAAUACUCCGGCAUCGAGCACGUCGUCGUCGACGGCGUUGUCCAGAGCAUCAAGCUCAUCACCCGGGAGGCCAGUGAGCGUGUCCUGCGAUUCGCCUUCCAGCACGCCCAGGAGAUUGGCCGCAACACGGUCCGUGUUGUGCACAAGGCCACCAUCAUGAAGAUGUCCGACGGUCUCUUCCUCAAGGUCGCCCAGGAUGUCGCCAAGGACUUCCCCGGCAUCACGUUCGAGUCGGAGCUGCUCGACAACACCUGCUUGAAGAUGGUCACCGACCCCCUCCCCUACAACGACAAGGUCCUGGUCAUGCCCAACCUGUACGGAGACAUUCUGUCCGACAUGUGCGCCGGUCUGAUCGGUGGUCUGGGCCUGACCCCCUCUGGCAACAUCGGUGACGAGUGCUCCAUCUUCGAGGCUGUCCACGGUUCCGCUCCCGAUAUCGCUGGCCAGGGCAAGGCCAACCCCACCGCUCUUCUGCUCAGCUCCCUGAUGAUGUUGAGACACAUGGAGUUGACCCAAUAUGCCGACAGAAUCGAGAAGGCUACUUUUGAUACCCUGGCCGAAGGAAAGGCCCUCACUGGAGACCUGGGCGGCAAGGCCAGCACCAGCGACUACGCCAACGCUAUUAUUUCCAAGUUGUAG